CGGAAGUUAUCAGAGGUCUACAUCAGAUAUCAAGGCCAUUAUCAUAGCUGGUCAUAUAAAAGAUGUCAUCUGAGUCACAGAGAGCAGCAGAUGAAGAGGUAGAGAGUCAUGCUCCCUCUGAGGCAGCUGCAGCUCCUACUGCUCCUGCACCUGCUGCUGCUCCUCCACCUGCUGCUGCUGGUGGACUAGGGCAGGAUGCAUUGUUUCAGCAAAUAGCUGAGUUACUUAGGAGGGUUACACAAAAUGUACCAGAGGUACCACCACCACCUGUAGCAGUCCAGGUUCCCCCACCUGUUGUAGCCCAAGCACAAUCUAGGCCUCCAAUAGAAAAACUCAGGAAGUAUGGUGCUACGGAUUUUAGAGGUAAAAAGGAAGAUGAUCCUUCAGCUGCAGAAUUCUGGUUAGAAAGUACAGAAAGGGUUCUACAGCAGCUACAGUGUUCACCAGCAGAGAGCUUGAUGUGUUCAGUAUCAUUGCUAAAAGAUGAAGCCUAUAGAUGGUGGACAACAUUAACACAGAUGAUUCGACCAGAGCGGCAGACUUGGGAAUUCUUUUUGGCAGAGUUUAAGAAGAAAUAUGUUGGGGCCUUAUACACAGAGGAAAGAAGGAGGGAGUUCUUAUACCUCAGACAGGGCAGGCUUACAGUAACUGAGUAUGAGCAAGAAUUUGUUAGACUUAGUAAAUAUGCCACAGAGAUAGUUCCUAUAGAGGAAGAAAGAUGUAAACGCUUUGAGCAAGGAUUGCAUGCUAAUAUUAGGAUGUACCUCACAGCUAUGCAUAUCAGGGAACUCUCAGGUUUAGUAGAGACGGCCCAUAGCCUGGAGCGAAUUAAAGAAGAAGAGCAAAGUAGAAAGCAGAAAGGGCAGCAGAAGAGGAGCCAGAGCCAGUAUCAGGGACAAUCCUCUGCAUCUCAGACAAGUAGUAAGAGACAGAGGGAAUUUCUGCAGACAGGGCAGAGAGGACCACCUAGGCAGAGUCAGAGACCUGGGCAGAGUUCAGUAGUGAGGUCUGGACAGCAGACUACCUCAGUAUCCAGUACAGGAGGACCAGGCAGAGGGUUGCCACCAAUAUCUUGUAAUGGUUUACUUGAUUAUCGAUAUAUGUGA